AUGUCGGAGCUUCCGGGAGAGAGCGGCCCCCGGAGCCUGGGCACGGUGGCCGGCGUCAGCGACGAGCUCCCGGCGGGCGUGGGCGGCGGCGGGAGCCGGGGCGCCCCAGAGGUGCAGGGAGGGUCCCCGGCGGCGGCCGCCCGGCCCAUGACGAGGGCCCUGGGCGUCGCUCCGCGGAGGGUCCCCGGCCUGAUGAUGGCCGUGCCCAACGUGCACCUGUACGAAAUGCACCGGCACCGGCUCUUCCACCAGUAUCUGGACAACACGCCCAUGAUCCCCGUCCGGCUGCUGCGCGAGGUCGAGGAGCGCCGCAAGCUCUUCGUGGAAGGCUGCAAGGCGAGGGAGGCGGCCUUCGACGCCAACCCACCCCCGAUGGCCUCGGACGCUGCCCAGGCCUUCACGGUCGCCCUGGCCGCCGCCCGCGGACCCCUGGCCGACUGAGUGCGCGUGGUGACGUGCGCUCGGGAAGGUUGGGAGUUCAAGGCCAUCCUCAGCUACUUGGAGAGUUCGAGGCCAGCCUGGGUUGCAUGAGAUUCCUCCCACCCCACCCCUCAACCCACACACAUUUAGGUAAAAGGCAAAGAGAUGUCUAGGCCAUGCAAGCCAGCAGAGAACAUAGGAAGCACGUGCAGAGGAAAUGGCACUUGUGACUUGAAGCAGGCUUGCAGAGAGGACUCUGUGAUAACCACUUGAUGACUCAUUGUCCUUGCACUUGUAGGAUUCUUUUCAUCACGGAUGGUUUUUGCAGAAAUGAAGGCCAAGGAGAAACAAAACAAAAACAAACAAACAAAAAUACCUGCCAGAGAAUAAGCCCAUAGAAGUUAACCAAGAUGGCAAAAGAAACUAAGGCGGUAGUUGUUAGGCAUCCAGUUGCCUCUUGAGUUUUAGUUCCGAUUGGGAAGGCUGUUUAGAGAACUUGGGGCAUUUCAGAAUGUGUGGUCAUCUCACCACCAGCUGAGAGCUUACAGGAAUGUUGGCUUUCUGUGUUUGAUGAAGUUCUGUAGACAAGCUGUAAAUACUCAGAUAGGAAGAAGGACUUAUGUCUUGUGAAAUAAACACAUAUUCAAGGCCA